AUGAUGCCGAGCACUCUACUGAGGGUGAGAAAGUGAGAAAGCAUAUUUUAGCAAAAAGGUAUUUUAAUUACACACUUAAUAGUCUAUACUCUACACUCUGGUGUGAACACAACUUUUAUAUAUACACUGGAAAACCAAAAAAUUCAUGUGAUUCUCUUUAUUUCAAUAUUGCUUUAUUACAGUAGUCUGAAACCAGACUUGCAAAAUUUCAAAGGUAUACCUGUAAUAUCCUUCUGAUCAUCACUUCAGACAGUGACAGAAAUUUCAUUCAUAGGAACAGUAUGUCAGUCAUAAUUCUGUGCAGUCAAAAGGUAUGUACAGUCAUCGAUAUUAGGACAAAAUAUUAAAAUAACAUAUGAUAUACGUAUCAUAUAUAUUUAUGGGGCCUGGUUCUUUCUCCAAUAUGAUUAAAAUGCCUAUAGCUCUUUCAAAGUACAAAUUAAGGCUGGGGCAAGUGGUGGACUAUCAAUCCAGGGACAAUUAAGAGUGAAUAUUCAGCCGGAAGAAACAAGAGUGUGGCGUGAGCAUGGGGAAGCAAAAGAAAACCAGGCAGUGUGCAACCAUGAAGCGAAGGCUUAGUCUCAGGGAUCAGAGGCUUAAAGAAAAGGACAGAUUGAAACCUAAAAAGAAGGAAAAGAAAGAUCCCAGCACGUUAAAGGAAAGAGAAGUCCCCCAGCACCCUUCAUGCUUAUUCUACCAAUAUAAUACACAACUGGGCCCACCUUACCACAUCUUGGUUGAUACCAACUUUAUCAACUUUUCCAUUAAAGCCAAACUGGACUUAGUGCAGUCAAUGAUGGACUGUCUGUAUGCCAAGUGCAUUCCUUGUAUAACUGACUGUGUAAUGGCUGAAAUUGAGAAAUUGGGGCAGAAGUAUCGAGUGGCCCUCAGGAUUGCCAAGGAUCCAAGAUUUGAACGAUUACCAUGCACGCACAAAGGAACCUAUGCAGAUGACUGCUUAGUACAGAGAGUGACUCAGCACAAGUGUUACAUUGUGGCCACAGUUGACCGAGACCUUAAACGAAGAAUCCGGAAAAUCCCUGGAGUUCCUAUCAUGUAUAUUUCUAACCACAGAUACAAUAUUGAACGGAUGCCAGAUGAUUAUGGAGCCCCUUGGUUCUAAUUCUUAUAAGACAAUGUUCGUAUGCCUUUCUUCAACCAACUUUCUCUGUUAACAAU